CUGCCUGCGUGCGCCGCCGCUCCUCCUCUCUCUCCUUCUCUCCCACCACCGCAUCUCUCGCACCCUUUUUCACCCACUACCACCACCACCAACCUACACUCACAAUGGCCUCCACCACCGCCAACUCGACCAUCGAGUCGAUCACCAACACCGUCUCGGACGCCGCCCAGUACGUCUCGAACUCGGUCAGCGAGGCCGUCAGUGGUGCCUCGAAGGAGGGCAACAAGGAGGUCGCCAAGGGCCACACCGACGCCUCGCUCGGCGACCGCGCCUCGGCUGGCUUCAACGCCGUCGGCGACAAGAUCGACGAGUCGAAGGCCGGCGCCAAGGCCGACGCCUCGAAGACCUCUAUGAAGAAUUGAGCGGUGCUCGUCGCCCGUCUCGCGCUUCUCCCGUGGCCGUCGUCUCCCCCUGUGGCCGUCAUUCUCCUCGCGGCCGCCGCUUGAUUCCCCCUCCCCCAGCUUUUGAGUACCCCCCACCCCGUCUCCCUGACCUCGCUCAGCACUCCUCCGGUGCAAGGCCGAACAUCAGUACCGCGUUUGCUCGUC